AUGGUCGACAAUCAGCAGGUGCCAAUUGCUACCACGACCGUGCAUCGCCGGCAACAUCGCACCAAUCGAGACUCUUUGAUUCCUAUCCAGAAGUUGAUCCGUCAAUUGGAAAGCCAGGGUGUGAUCAGUAAGACUCGCUCACCUUUUAACAGCCCAAUCUGGCCAGUGUGUAAGUCUAAUGACGAGUGCAGACUAACUGUAGACUAUCGUGGCCUGAAUGAAGUUACACCACCACUGCGUGCUGCAGUGCCUGACAUGCUAGAACUGCAAUUUGAGCUGGAGUCAAAGGCAGCUAAGUGUUUUCCUGCUAAAAAGUAUAAAGACUAUGAAGACAACAGUCCAAGCUAUGAUGGCUACUACACAGAAGAUGACCCAGUUUAUGGCAAUCUCAAUCAAGAUAUUUUAGAGGAAUGUUGUUACAGGCAGAUGAAGUCCCAGCCUCAAAGGCCAGUUAACCAGCUACAGGUGGAGUCUGCCCAUCAGAUGUGUUAUGCCUCACUUGAUCACAGUGUCAAGGGAAAACGCAGAAAACCGAGGAGAAAGAAGGGCCCUUCAUUAGAGGAGGAUGAAGAAGAAAGAUCAUCUAACCCCACCAUGAUGGCUUCCAAAGUUAGCAUUUAUCUCAACAGUGAGCAGCUGGCUGCUGAAAACACAACAAACGUAGAAGCCAUUCAUGAUGAUCCCAUGAGAUUAAUGGGCUUGAUUCAUACUACAAAGGAGAGAACAUUUGAAGUGGCUUCAUAAACCAAAUAUGUAAUCAUAAAGUGAUAUCUGCUUCUUCGUUCUGGAAAA